UACUCGCCUACUUGAUAUGACUCACUUCUGGCGUAAAUAAUUUUAAAUAUUAUAAUAAAUAAUUAUUUAUUAAAUAAAUUAUAAAAUAGAAAAUCCCGAAAAGAAAAAGAGAAUUGAAAGAAGUUUUUGUGUGAAUAAAGGUUUUUAGACUUACUUUAGAAAUAAGGAAUCGUUAGAAAUUGAAUCCAAAAAGAAAAGAGAGAGAGAGAGAGAAUUGAAAGAAGAGAAAUCGAGAGAUGAAGGAGCCGUUGCGACGUACGAAAGUGGUGAUAAGGCAUCUGCCACCGUCAGUCACCCAAUCGUUUUUCUUCUCUCAAAUCGACGAUCGUUUCUCUGAUCGUUACAAUUGGUUCUCCUUCCGUCUCGGCAACUCCAGCCAUAAGCAUCAGAGUUACUCUCGAGCCUACAUAAACUUCAAGAGACCAGAAGAUGUCUUCGAGUUUGCUGAGUUCUUUAAUGGGCAUAUAUUUGUUAAUGAGAAGGGUACUCAAUUUAAGGCCAUUGUUGAAUAUGCUCCUUCACAGCGUGUCCCAAAGCCAGGGACUAAAAAAGAUGGUCGUGAAGGGACCAUUCUCAUAGAUCCUGACUAUCUGGAAUUUCUCAAACUGAUUGCAAAACCUGUUGAGAAUCUUCCUAGUGCUGAGAUUCAGUUGGAGAGAAAAGAAGCAGAACUGUCUGGUGCUCCAAAAGAAACCCUUGUUGUUACACCACUAAUGGAAUAUGUGCGUCAGAAACGAGCUGCCGAGAGUGGAACUCAGGGGUCAAUCAUCCUAAGAAAGGUUGGCAGAAAAGCUGCUGCUGCAUCUACAGGCAAGGCUGGAUCAAGUAGCAAGCGUGGCUUUGGGAAGAAAAAGUAUAUUCUAAAAGACAGUGCAAAAGGUGCAAAGAACUCCAACUUUUUUGUAGCAUCCAAGGAAGAGGAUCAAUCAGUGACUUCUGUUGCAAAAGAAAUAAGAGAGAAUGGAACUGUCUGUGGCAUUGAUGGUCAUGUAACAGGAAUCACUGUUUCUGCUAAUUCUGGGAAGAAAAAGAUCCUGCUUCUAAAACCAAAAGAUCGAGAGCUUCCUCAUGUGCCAGAUGGUGUAUCUGAUCAGCAUGGGGCAUCAUCUCCUGUAGUAAAUUCACCUGGUUCAACUGCUCCAAGACAGGGUCAAAGACGUGAGGCUGGUGGAAAGUUAAUAAGGAGCAUACUUUUGAGUAAUGAAGCGGGCCAAAAUCAAUCUUCAGCAGCAGUACAGCCUCAGCAGAAAACUCAAACUAUGAGUCUGGACAAUGUCAAGAGACCUCCCCGGCCAACUAAUACACGAUCAGGUAUGAAUGGUCAUGUCUCAAAUGAAAUGCCUGCAUUAAAAUCUGAUGCUGGUUCAAAAAGAGUUUCAGAUGGUAAGUUCAUCAAAAAGGGUUCAGGUUCUGGAAGUGAGAAGCAUGAAAAACGUACAAGAAAUAAGGAUAGACCUGAUCGUGGUGUAUGGGCUCCUCUUCAUCGUUCUGAUGUUUCACAAGCUAGUGAGGAGCGCCUGACACCCUCUGUGUUGCAAUCUGCACGGGCCUCUCGUAAUUCCAUGGAAGUUACCGAAGGAGAAAUGAAAGUCGACAUACCUAAUGGAAGCAGUGGACUUAAUUUUCUGUCAGAAAAUGGCUUCAAUAGACAUUUGGGUUGGCGCCCAGCAGCCUAUAAUAUCAAGGAUGAUGGGUCUGUCAUAUCAAGUGAGGGCAAGUCUUCCAAAAGGGGAGUUGCUACUAGCUCUGGAACCAAUGAGAAACAAGUUUGGGUUCAGAAGUCAUCUUCAGGUUCUUAGAGAAUCUAACUAAAUUGGCUUUUGGAGCGCGUUCCUUUCUCCCAGUGUUGGGGUUCUUAUCUUCUCCUGUCAUGUUCCUAUGACUUGCAACAUUAUUUGCCUUGUUUGGGUUUGCAAUAGCUGUAUUCUCCAGAAUAUGUUCUUGAAUAGUCCUUACCUGGUAGUAGAUUAAUUCUCUUAUUGGACUGUCAAGAGCAAGCAUCGGCGACCAAUCGGGCAGGAAUAUAUUCCGUGUGGUCUACAUUGGGAAAGAAGUGACUGGAUCAAGAAUAAUGCUGAUAAUCAGUGGUGUUGCUGGAAGGGGAGAUUCUGCUGGACGGUGCUGUGGAUUUUUUUUUUCUUUUUUGUUGAAUGAUGCAAUGCAAGGUUUUUAGUAGUUUACUUGAAUCGUAUUGGUCUUUGCUUUUGCUGGAUCUUCCAUAGGUGGAUAUUCUUAUUUUGGUUUUCUGUAUAUAUGUUCUGUCCAAGAACAUGGUGCUGCCUCUAAAAUAAGUUUUAGAAAACGGGUCGAAGUUUUUUUUU